GCAGCGCGCGAUCCCUCCCUCUAGGCUGCGCAGAUGCGUGAAGCGCGCGCAGUGAGCAGCUGUGAUUACACCGUCAUGGACACGAGCGCAGCACAGCGGAGUUGAAUCGGGACGAGUCGGACGUUGCCAAUAACAAAAACAAAGACAUUAGCACUAACCCAACUUCCCAUCGGAAUAUAACGGAUUUAGACGAAGUAGCGUCAGCUCGUUUGUGCGGUUGGAACAUGCCCAACAGACGGACUCCCACAACAUGACAGUCUCGCGCUGGAGAAACUCUUGCUCGCGCGCUUCAUGAGAAGUCUCGAGGCCACAGAGCCGCCGCGCGCCGCCAGAUGUGCUGCUGUUAACGGCUGACACAACAUAGCGACACAAACAGCAGCCAGACGAUACUCGACCCUUAUUUUUUAACGCCUCACGAGUGUAAACGACAUGACAUCCCGCUGAAGGAGAUGUUGUACUCGGUGACUGUCCUGUUUGAGCAGCUGGGCGAACUGUCCGUUUAGCAUGUGCGGCUAAUCUCAGUGUGUGUUAGCGGCUAAUUAGCGCUCGAGCGUAGCGCGAAACACCCGCGACACAUCAACGGCUCUGACAGGGCUAGACGCAGACACUUUCACUCUUUGAAUCGACUUGUGUUUUUUAUUUGACUUUAGCCCAAUAAAAGGAUAUGUUCAAAAGUCUUGCUGACCCUUACAUGUGGUAGAGUUUAAUUUGUGUGCCGUCAAAGAGAGCGGUUAAAGUUAGGUGGUUGUUCCCGGUACUGGGAGUGCGCGGGGCCGAUGCGGAGCAGCGCGCACGGCGGCCGCAGGCAUGCAGCACGACGAGGAGAUCAGCGCGAGAUGGCGAGGCCUGUUCGUACAGGCGCUGCGAAAGGUGCAGAUACAAGUGCAUCCACACCUGUCGGCUAAGGAAGAUGCACUUCAGCACAUUGAGGCUCUCAUUUUACAGCUCCUGAACAAGUUGUGUGUUACACAGCCCAGAACUAUAGCUGAUGUUGAGGAGCGUGUCCAGAAGACGUUCCCAAAUCCUAUCGAUAAAUGGGCCAUGUCAGACGCUCAGGCUGCAAUAGAGAAACGCAAACGAAGGAACCCGCUACUGCUGCCAGUUGAUAAAAUACAUCCUCUACUGAAGGAGGUUCUGGGAUAUAAGAUCGACUACCAUGUGUGUCUGUACAUUGUUGCUGUGUUGGAGUACAUAUCAGCCGACAUUCUUAAACUGGCUGGAAACUACGUGAGCAACAUUCGACAUUAUGAGAUCAGCCAGCAAGACAUCACAGUCUCCAUGUGUGCUGACAAGGUGUUAAUGGAUAUGUUUGAUCAGGAAGAUGAGAUGGGACUGGUUUCUCAAAGUAUAGAGGAGGUGUCUUCCUCUGGUGAGCUCACAUAUGAUGAUCUGGUGCGUCUAGAGAUCGCUGAGGAACGCCAGUAUCUACGGGAACUUGAUCUAAUCAUCAAAGUGUUCCGUCAAGCCUUUCUGUCCAAUAACAAACUGUUCUCGGCUCAGGACGUAGAGCUGGUGUUCAGUAAUAUUCUGGAGGUUCAUGAGCUUACUGUGAAACUUUUGGGUCUCAUCGAGGAUGCUGUUGAAAUGACAGCUGAUGGAAGUCCGCACCCUCUUGUGGGAAGCUGCUUUGAAAAUCUUGCUGAGGAGCAGGCUUUUGAUCCCUACGAGACGCUGUCUCAGGAUAUCCUCUCUAAAGAAUUCUGUCAACAUUUCACCACUCUGAUGACCCGCCCCACUGUUGCUCUACACUUCCAGUCGAUCACAGAAGGUUUUAAGGAGGCUGUGCAGUAUGUACUUCCUCAGUUGAUGAUGAUUCCAGUUUACCACUGCAUGCACUACUUCGAACUGUUACAGCAAUUGCAGGAGUGCAGCGAGGAUCAGGAUGACAGAGAGUGUUUGAAACAGGCUCAGACUGCAUUACUCAACCUACAGAGCAGCAUCGAACGCAUAUAUGCUAAACACCAACCAAGGCGCAAACAAGGGGAACCUCUGUAUCGGUUACACAGCCGUGCGUCUCGCAGUAAGCAGGCAGCUAUAAAACGUAUGAAUGACAUCCAGAAAAGUAUUGAUGGCUGGGAGGGCAAAGACAUUGGUCAGUGCUGCAGCCAGUUCAUCCUGGAGGGGGCACUCCUACGGGCUGGUGCCAAGCACGAACGCCACAAUUUUCUGUUUGAUGGCCUCAUGAUCAGCUGCAAAGCCAACCAGAGCUCCCGGUUGCCGGGGGCUGGCAGUGGGGCAGAGUUUCGUCUAAAGGAGAAGUUUGUGUUACGCAAGUAUCGCAUCAUAGAUCGUGAAGAUUCGUCUGAGUUUCGGCACGCGUUUGAGCUGGUAGUGCACGAGGACUGCGGCGUAGUGUUCUGUGCUCGUUCGGCAGACGAGAAGAACGCAUGGAUGGCUGCGCUGGUGACUUUGAAGUACCGGCCAACUCUGGACCGCAUGCUGGACACCGUCCUGCACCGAGAGGAACAGGAACAGCCACUGAGGCUCCCAUCACCGGACAUCUACCGCUUUGCCAUCGAGGACUCUGAGGAGAACAUUGUGUUUGAGGAGGGAGCCCAGCGCAAAACAGGAAUCCCCAUUAUUAAAGGCGGGACAGUUGUCAAGCUCAUUGAGAGACUGACAUACCACAUGUAUGCAGACCCAAAUUUUGUGCGUACUUUUCUGACUACAUACCGCUCCUUCUGUAAACCACAAGACCUGCUCACACUACUGAUUGAAAGGAUUGAGAUUCCAGAGCCCGAACCAUCAGAGGCAGACCGGCAAGCACUUUUGAACGGAGAGCAACCAAUGCCAGCUGAGCUCCAGAGAUUUAGACGAGAAUAUGUGCAACCUGUCCAACUCAGGGUGCUAAAUGUGUUCCGUCAAUGGGUGGAACAUCACUUUUAUGAUUUUGAGAAUGAUACUGAACUCCGCCGCAGACUUGAAGCAUACCUCACCAGCACCACACAGCUUAGAGGUAAAUCCAUGCGUAAGUGGGUGGAAUCUAUCAGUAAGAUCAUGAGACGGAAGAUUCAAACUCAGUCCAAUGGCAUCAGUCACAACAUCACCUUUGAGAGCCCGCCACCUCCUAUUGAAUGGCACAUCAGCCGUCCUGGGCAGACUGAAAGCUUUGAACUAAUGACCCUUCAUCCCAUUGAAAUCGCCAGGCAGUUAACACUUUUAGAAUCUGAUCUGUACAGAGCCGUUCGUCCAUCUGAACUGGUAGGAAGCGUUUGGACAAAAGAAGAUAAAGAGAAGAAUUCUCCCAACCUACUGAGGAUGAUAAGACACACCACCAACCUUACUCUGUGGUUUGAGAAGUGUAUAGUGGAGGCCGAAAACUUUGAGGAGAGGGUUGCUGUGCUUUCUCGUACUAUUGAGAUUCUGCAGGUAUUUCAAGAGCUCAACAACUUCAAUGGAGUUUUGGAGAUUGUAAGCGCCAUCAACUCAUCAACUGUGUAUCGCCUGGACCACACAUUCGAGCUUGUGCCUCAGAGGAACAGGAAGAUUCUUGAUGAGGCUGUUGAGCUCAGUAAGGAUCAUUUUAAAAAAUACCUCGCCAAGCUCAAAUCCAUCAACCCACCUUGUGUACCUUUCUUUGGUAUCUACCUAACUAACAUUCUGAAAACUGAGGAAGGAAAUCCAGAUUUUCUAAAGCGUGAUGGUAAAGAGUUGAUCAACUUCAGCAAAAGACGCAAAGUAGCAGAAAUCACUGGCGAAAUCCAGCAGUACCAGAACCAACCUUACUGCCUCAAAGUAGAACACGAAAUAAAGAAAUAUUUUGAGAUUUUGAAUCCAAUGGGAAACAUGAGCGAAAAAGAGUUCACGGACUACUUGUUCAACAAAUCUCAAGAGAUCGAACCACGGAACUGCAAACAGCCACCAAGAUUUCCCAGAAAGACAACCUAUAAUCUCAAGUCUCCCGGCGUUCGGCCAGUGCGGCAGACAGCUGGAGGAGGAGGAACACUUAAGGGUCACCCAGUGCCGUUAGAAAGAGAACCCCCCCACAAAAUUACUUUCCGAAGCAUUGCAGAGACCGAACCCGAGACCCCCGCGUCUCUCCCCACAUCUCCUAACACGCCAACCCCUCCACAGUCUGCCAGCUGUGAUCUUAACUCUGUGUUCAUGGAGCAGGAGAUCUAUUGCAGCAAUUCCAUAUUUGCCCCAGUUCUACUGCCCCAGUCCAAGUACCAUUCUGUGUCAUGUGGUAGUUUACAUCAGUUGAUGAGUGAUGAGACAACAAAACCCCCUCCGCUGCCACCCCGCAGGAAAGACACGUCUUCGGAAACCAAGUUGAGUUCCAGACCCGAAAGUCCUCCUGCCAUUCCUCCACGACUGCCGCCUCCUCCUCGUUUGCAGCCACGAGUUCCGGUGUUAAACGGUCCUUCAGACGGACCUCUCCCGAGCCCACCUCCCCCUCCUCCUCGAGAUCCAAUGCCCGACACGCCUCCGCCUGUUCCGCAGCGGCCGCCCGAGAUCUUCAUCAACUACCCCGUGAAUCUGCAGCCAUCUCCAGUGAGCCGUUUUCAUUGGGACUUCAACAGCGCCCCUAGCGCUCCCAACACACCGCCUGGCACGCCCUCUCCCCGUGCUCCGCCCCCCGGCACGCCCUCUCCACGUGUGCCGCGACGCCCCUGCACUCCCAGCAUCAGUCAACCCAUCCUUUGCCAUCUACCCCCGCCCACUCCAGCCCCUCCCAUACCACCUCGGCACAACUCCACCCCCACGCUGCCAAAACUGCCACCCAAGACUUAUAAGAGAGAACUCUCUCAAACAACACACACACUUUCACAGCCAUCCAUAAACACUCUCUCGCUAGUGGACAACAGGGACAACAACGCAUAAUGGGGAGGUGUGUGUGUAUGUGUGUUUUUAACCAUGUUUAACCUGGAUUCAGACAAUCUGAUGAUAGUAGAAACCUGAAGACGGUCAGCGCUCACAUGAAAUGUGAUUAUCAUUCAUUUUUCACUUCCUUUUUAGAAAACCAGUCGUCAUGGUCCGCAUUCAGAGCUACAAUAGGU